UUCCCAGGGUCAGACCCUUCACUGCUCAGUGUCAUUGGGAAGUCCGUCCGAUGUCGUCCACGUACAGCCUCCGGUGGGCCCUGGUGGUCUCAGCCCUGGCCAUGGGAGUCAGCGGAAACAGCAACCCCAUGUUCGGUGAGAUCACGUCGCCCGGGUAUCCGGACUCCUACCCCAAUGACAGCAGGGCCUCGUGGGCUGUUGGGGUGCCCCCUGGGUAUCGGGUCCGUCUUCAGUUCCGGUACUUCCAGUUGGAACCUUCCCGGGACUGUGUGUACGAUCGGCUCAAGGUCAGUUCUGGGGGGAAAACUCUCGGAGUAUUCUGUGGGAAUGAUAACUCUGUCGUGGGGAAUCCACCCAGAGGUCGGGUCCUGACAUCCACAGGGAACACCAUGGACCUGGAAUUUCAAUCGGAUUUCUCCAAUGAGGGACAAUUCCUCGGAUUCCUUAUUUAUUAUGAAGCAAUUGAUGUGGACGAAUGCUCUGUGCGGGAAGGAGCAGUCCCCGGCUGUGAACACCUGUGUCACAACACACUUGGAAGCUACAGUUGUUCCUGCCGCCAUGGAUACCAGCUUCAGAGCGACGGGAAGAGCUGUCGAGUUCAGUGCCAAGAGUUCUUCAGCCAGAUAUCGGGUGAGCUGACGAGCCCGGAGUAUCCAGCACCCUAUCCAAUGUCAGGAAGGCAGGGACCCGAGGCAGUGCUUCAGGCAGACCAGCUGGGGGCAGCAGAGACCCUGUUCCCCAACCAGGUCUCAAGCCUGAGACAGGAGGUUGUCCCCUGA